AGCAAGACUUCCAGUCACAAUCACAACCACAAGAUGCAAACGAGGAAUAUGACAGUGACGAGCAUGAAACAAGAAUUCCCUCAGACUUAUCCAUCGACCAUCAUCCCAGACGCACCAGUGAUUAUACUCUUUCCUUUCAGGAAGGCUUAACCCCAUUAGAGGAAGAUCCAACCAACGACACAAGAUGGAUGCUGAAUAAUCAUUGUAUCUCAGAUUUGUGUUUUAAAUUAAAAAACACAACAAUGCAAAUGAUCAACCAGAUGAACUCAUCUCAACUAUCAGAUAUUCGUCUUCUUGCGUUGAAUGAUAUCUACCUCUUUGACAAAAAUCUUGCUUUGUCUGUCACUAAAUACUUCACUAAUGCAAUUCAUAAUGUCGUCAAACCAUCCUUAUCAUUUGAAGCAUAUCUCCCCCCAAGAGGUGUUCGAUGCUAUGAUUGGUGCAUGAAUAUAGAAGCAUCUCCUCCUUCAGACUGGAUUUCUUCUUUAGCAUUGUGUGGAAAAAUGCUUAGUGAUGCUUGUGAAUCAAAGAACCUUUUAGAUAUUCAUACUGCCCAAGUUUUAACACAUGUCCUUCCAAUCUUCAUCAAUGGUCCACCAGAUUACUCUAUUGAGGACAGCUAUGUACAUAACUAUCUCUCACCAUUGUUGACUACCGUCUUUGGUUCUGAUCCCUUGUUGAACAUGAAAUGGGCUAAUGGUCAGUUGAAAAGCAAUGAUUCCAAAUCAUACAAGCCAGACUUUUUGGUUUACAAUCUUUCUGGUAGUAUCAAGCGUGUUGUGUUGAUUUCCGAAUUCAAACCUACAGAUCAACAUUCUUAUGUGGAAUCUGACUUGGUAAAGCUUGCUAAGCAAAUGAAGCUUACCUUGAACAAUUUGGUUUUGAGUGGUGUUGUUGAGCCAAAAGUGUGUGGCAUUCGUUGUGAAGGCAAUAACUUACAUACGUAUGUUAUGGAUCUCGUUUCUCCUAAGGUUUACAGAAUGAAAAGUGCUUCCAAGCUGAAACUCUUCGGAGACUUGGACCAGACCACCUUACUCCCCAGCAUCCUUACACAUUUGAUCAGUUUGAAGAAUGUUGCUCAUGAAACUGCAUUAAAAAUUGAAACUGCUGUUGUGUCUACCUGCGAUACUCUAAAACGCCCUGCUCCUUGCCCACCCUUAAAUUGGCUGUCUAGCGAUUCUUUUGUUCUGUCUCGUGCUACCAAGAAGCAGAAGAAAUGAAUGCUCUUGUUUUUUUUUCUAUGUAAGAUAAUAAUAUGAUCUCAUUGAAUCACUUAUGAAUUAAAACCAUAUCUGUAUUUCGGUCUGAAUAAACUUAUCUCUUAUUCACUUAA